AUCAUGGCCAUGAGCUCUCUAUGUCUAUAUCAUCACCAUUGUCACCGUCAUCAUCAUCGUCAUCAACGUAUUCAUAUAAAAGGGGUUUCAGUACUGGGGAUGUAAGAUCCACAGGGCAUCAGAGGCGUCGAAAAUGGACGGUCCGUGGGAAGCAUGUGUGACAACAGUAGUGCUCCUGGCGUUGAUUCUAUACACGAGCUGGAAGAUCAGAUCCAACCGUAGGAGCUCGCUCCCGCCGGGGACUCUGGGAUGGCCUUAUAUUGGAGAGACGCUCGAAUUCAUCUCAUGUGCUUACUCCCCCCGCCCGGAGAGCUUCAUGGACAAACGCCGUCUAAUGUAUGGUAAGGUGUUCAAGUCACACAUCUUCGGGAGCCCGACGAUCGUGUCAACGGAUGCAGAGGUGAGCCGGUUCGUCUUGCAGAGCGACGCUAGGGUUUUCGUGCCAUCUUACCCAAGAUCACUCACUGAGUUGAUGGGGAAGUCCUCAAUCCUACUCAUUAAUGGGAGCUUGCAAAGAAGGAUCCAUGGCCUUAUUGGUGCCUUCUUCAAGUCCCCAAAUCUAAAAGCUCAGAUCACACAAGACAUGCAAAAGUACGUACAAGAGUCCAUGGAUAGUUGGAAUGAUGAUCAGCUCAUCUACAUACAAGAUGAAACUAAAAAUAUUGCAUUUCAAAUACUGGUGAAAGCAUUGAUUAGUUUGGACCCAGGUGAAGAAAUGGAGUUCUUGAAGCAACAGUUUCAAGAAUUCAUAGCUGGAUUGAUCUCACUACCUGUAAAUUUACCUGGAACUAGACUCUACAGAUCAUUGCAGGCAAAAAAGAGAAUGGUGACGUUGGUGCACAAAAUCAUUGAGGAGAGGAGGAGGAGGACCGACGAGGCGCGCAUCCCAAGGGACGUGGUCGAUGUCUUGCUGAACAAUGCCAGCGAGCAACUAACGGUCGAUCUCAUAUCGGACAACAUGAUAGAUUUGAUGAUACCGGGAGAGGACUCCGUGCCAGUCCUCAUGACCCUCGCCAUAAAAUACCUCAGCGAUUGUCCGCUCGCUCUUGCACAAUUGAUGGAGGAGAACAUGAAGUUGAAGAAGCACAAGGACGAACUCGGUGAGCAAUUGUGCUGGAGCGAUUACAUGUCAUUGUCAUUUACACAAAACGUUAUAACAGAGACACUGAGGAUGGGGAACAUUAUCAUUGGUGUGAUGCGCAAAGCCAUGAAAGAUGUGAGGAUAAAAGGGUACACGAUACCUAAAGGAUGGUGUGUUUUCACCUAUUUUAGAUCUGUCCAUCUUGAUGAACGGCUCUACGAGGACCCUUACCAAUUCAAUCCAUGGAGGUGGCAAGACAAAGACAUUGGGACUUGUAACUUCACUCCAUUCGGAGGUGGGCAGAGACUUUGUCCUGGGCUAGACCUGGCCAGGCUUGAAGCGUCCAUUUUCCUCCAUCAUUUCGUUACUCGCUUCACACGAUACGAAAGCUACAAAUGGGACCCACUUGGGUUGCCGCGUGAUAUACAUUGGAUUGGAGUCCAUGUGGCCCACCAUAAAGCCGAUGGACUGCGACUUCACAAUAAUUGAAAUUAGUUGGCCCAUGUUUGUAAAGAUAGAAGAGACUAUAUACAGCUUUGCCAAGCCCACACACAUACACCUCCCCACAUGCAAUUCCUGGCACGUGUGGAGGAUAUCCAUGCCGUGGAUUAGAUGGGCCCCACUCUCUAGAUCGCAUGCCCGAAAAUUAAUAUUGUCAACACAUCAGGUGGUGCAACCAUGUUUGAUGAAAGUGGACUGUUGACAAUGUUUUUAGACCGUCCAUUCUUUUUCAAUCAUUGCUGCCCAUGUGAUAAGUCGAUCGGUUUGAUUUUGUUGCUCGGAUCAUCUAUUCAAUGGCUCGAACAAUACACUGGUUGGAUUUCUGCCACGUGUGCCAGGUCUGCAUGAGGGACCAUGUGUAGAGGUGCACGUGGCUUCGCAGGCAGGCCUUUUUUUUUUUUUUUUUAAAGCUCUAUCUGUAUUUCUUUAGCUGAUAGAGAGGAACCAGCUAGUGGUGAGUGAAUCCAAUGAGGGGUCUCAAGACAAUCAGAGGAAGUGAGCCCCACAUCUCAUCAUU